UGAGCUAAAGAGGAAGGAGGGACACUGACCCGGGGGCCCCGAUGGAGAGCCGGCCUCCUUGGUGGCGGGCCCCACCGGGCCCCAUCCCAGCCCCCCGGCUCCUGGGCUUGUUCCUGCUCCCCUGGACCCUGCAGCUCGCAGGCACAGGAGGGCAGUCGGUGACCCACACCGGCCUCCCCAUUGUGGUAUCUCUGGCCAACAAGGCCGUGUCCUUCGGCUGCAGGAUUACCUACCCAUACACCCCCACCUUCAAGCACUUCACAGUCAGCUACUUUUACGUGGACCUCCUGGGCCGGACGAGCUCUGAGGAGAAGACCAGCUGCAAACCUGGUCCAGGCAGAGAGAACCAGACCCACACCGAAGAGUGUCAGAUCACCCCCAAGCUGCCUGACGCAGCUGCCACUGGCACCUACUACUGCUCCGUCCGCUGGCCGGGCUCCAGGGUGACAGGCAACGGCACCUUCAUCCUGGUCAGAGACACAGGCUACCGAGAGCCCCCGCAGGGCCCCCAGGACCUCCUGCUUCUUUGCUUCAUCGGCCUCCUGGCUGUCCUUGGCAUCCUGGCCACGGCCCUGCUGCUCUGGAAGAAGAGACAGACGCAGGCUCCACGGAAGCACACUGCCCAGAAGGGCCCCAGCGCUGCCAGCAGCCGGGAGCAGCCUCCACCCGAAUCUGUCUACACAGACCUGCAGCGCCGAGAGACCGAGGUCUACGACCGCAUCCAGAGUGAGGCCAGCAGCCCGCCCUCCAACCAGGACCUGCUCUCCCAGGAGAAACAACAUGGAUCUGAGGGUGAUGGUGAAUUUAACCUGGUCUAUGAAAAUCUCUAGGACAAGCUCUGCCUGCUCCUGGGUCUUGCCUGGAUCAGAGGCCCUGGGGCAGCCUCUCCCUCCAAAGGACUCGAUCUGUACCAGGAGUGAGGCCCCAGGGGUGCCCCAUCACCUCACUUGCCCUCUUGCCUUGGCUGGCCCCACCCCACCCCCCCAUUCUGCAGCCCGGCCACACCCGCCGAGUGUGCCACAUCUCCGGACCUUUGCCCGAGCGGCUCCCUCUGCCAGGCGGGCCCUCCCUCCCUCCCCAAGGGCUCUCCUGAACGCCACCCAGAGCCCUUCUUACCCUCUCUAGACACACGGGCCCUCUUGUACCAGCCUGAACCACCAGGAGGUUCCCGCCAGGGACCCUCGUCAGUACUGUGUGCACAGGGGUCCCAGCGUGGGUGAAUAAAGGAGCAACUAGGCAAAUGGCCCCCGUCUCCCCGCCCCCCGCCCAACUAGGCCAAAGGCACGAGGCGACCACACAAAGUAGAUCGGGGGAUGGCGUGGGGGGUAUGGGGCGUGGGCAGGAAUGAACCAUGCAGAGGCUGGGCUGGGCUCAGGAACAGAGCUGGAGGCCGGGGAGGCGGCUCAGUGGGGUCCUGGGACUGCGAGGGUCCGGGCACACGCAGGGAGCUCUCUGCCUCCCCCAGCAAGGACCCCAAGGUUGUUUCCCAUCAGCCUGGCCGCCUACGCUCUGUGUGCCAACUGCUUCCUCACCACGCCCUGCUCACCCCAGCCUCAGGGCCUCGCUGCUCCUGGUCUACCUACAGCCCAGUUCCCCAGAGCCCCUCCACCUGGCCUAUCUCGACCCCUCCCACCUCCUCUGUCUUUGUCUGCCCUAUGCCCCAGCCCCGGCCCCUGGGGAUCGAGGCCAGCCCGGCCCCUUCCCUCCUUGCCCCGGGCCGGUCCCAGCUGCCUGGAGGCCAGCCCUCUCUGUCGUGGUCCAGCUGCAUAGCUCUGUUCUUGGGCCUUCCCCUGGGGUGGGCAGAGGGGUCCCUUUGUGCUGCAGAAGCUCAGGCCCCAUGGCCCCUCAGUGUCUGACCCUGAGCCAUUUCUGCUGCUCGAGUGUUCACGUUACCCCUCAUUUCACCUCACGGCAGCCUACCUCACAGGCAGACCAGGGCUAAGGGUGGGCUCACCCAGGCUGUCGGGCUCUGAGCCCUCCCUCCCCUGCUGUCCCCCAUCCCUCCCUUGCUUUCCACUAUUUGGUCAUUCGUGCAAUGGGCAGGCCAGUCCUCCCUCCACACACACCCAGUGCUGUCCCCAGAGUCCCUCAGGUGCCCUCUCACACAAACCCCAAUGUGCCCAGGAGGGUGGUGGCCCGAGGCGCAGGCCCUGGCCAGACCCCCGGCUGGUUUGUGGGUAGCACCUUCAGCCCUGCAGGUCAGCGCCCCCGCAGGGUAAGGGCUGGGGCCGGCAGGGUGGGCCUGGGUUGACGUCAGGAAGAAGCCCCAGCCCCUCCGCUAGGGCUGUGUGUGGCCCCCUUGGGCCUGUGGCACGGUUCACAGCAUCUCAGCUUGGUUCUGAGCCUGGCCUUGGAGCACACGGCAAGGAGGGCUCUGAGCGGGAACACGGGGCUGUGGGGAGAGGCCCCCCCUUGCCAGAAGGCAGUUUAACGAACUCCUACCCUGUUUAGGGAGGCGAAGCUGCCUUCCAGGCCCCUGACUCCGUCAGCCUGAGGCAGAGGCCGGGGCUGGGGGCCGGGUGAGGGAGGCAGGCCGCUCAGCGUGCAGCGGAGCCUCUCCAGGGAAGACCAAAGGCAGCAAGACAGGAGGAGGCCGCCUCGCUGGGCCCCAGAGCGUCCUCAGCCCCUGGCCCCGGACCCUCAGGCUGGGAAUCAGCCUUUUCCAGUUGGCCCCUGGGGUAGUGCGGGGAGCCUGGAGAGACUGCGCCCCCCGCCCUGGCCCAGCCCGCUGCAGUCCCCUCUCCACGAAGCAAAGGAUCCUGAGACCUACACAGGACCAUGGCCCUCCCCGUGUGCAAAACCCCCCACUGUUCCCAUCUCACUUGGAACAAAAUCCCAACUCUUCCCUGCGGCCUGUGAGGCCCUCAAGGACCAACUCAUCGCCCCUCUUGUGGACACAGACGUUGUCAAGUGUGGUGACCGAGCUCAGUUCAGGGCAAGGCUGGGCAGGCGCUGAGGUCUUCAGCGAGCAAGGAGAGAGGCAGGGAGGAGGGUCAAGGUGGAAGGGGGGACCCCCCAGAGGAGAACGUUCUGGGACGCCCAGUACGGAGCCAAGAAGACUAAGCACCCCUCCUUCCCCAGCCCCCGGGACUGGGAGCCUGCGGAGAUGGGCUGGUGCAGGGGUGAGGGGUGGCAGACGACUGCAGGGGGCGCAGGUGGCCACGAGAGAGGAGGAGGGGGCAGAGGGGGCUCGAACUGAGCUCCUGGAGGGCAGGUUUGCGUGGUGGACUCUGAGUGGGCUGAGGAGAGAAGAGAGAGGAACCGCCCUUGGGGGUCAUCUGGGGCUGGCCUCUCUCGAAUCCCAGCUCCACCUCCCAGAAGCCAUGUCCACCUGAGCCUUGGCUUCAGUAACAAUCAAGUCGCUGAGUGUUACUCAGAGAGGACAGAUGGGGAACUCCCUGCCCUGCAGAGGCUCAGCGGGUGUGUAUUUCCUUCUCCACUCAUCCUUCAGGAAAAACAGGCUGCCACUGGGCAGUGCGGAGGGAAUCUGCUAAAUGAGGGGCAGGCCUCCCUGGAGGUGGGGACCCCCUUCUUUGGCCCCCUGCAGGCUGAGGAGCAAUAGGUGAGACCCAGGUGAAGGGGAGCCUUAGACCAGUAGGGUGGAUGGCAGCCAUCCUGAGGGUGGACCCCUGGCCCUGGAGCUUGUAGCAGAAGCCCCUGGCAGCCCCUGAUGGCCAGGCCUCGGGCACUGCUUCCUCCUGUCCCGACCCCGCCCCAGCCUCACCACAGGGGGGCGGACAUGUAUGUCACGGUCUCGGCCUAUGCUUCUUUCUGCCUGACCCGCCCUAGCUCUGACCUGGGAUUCCCUACCAUCUCUAGGUCACACCCCUGCCACCCCUCUUCCAGGCCUCUGGGCAUCUGAAACAUCUCACCCACUGCUGACACCCUCAGCCUCCACUGGUCUCUCCAGGGUAGCGGCUUAGAAAUGGCCAUUCUGCCCCUUCGGGCAGGUUUCAGCCUCCAGCCCUCCCUCCUGCUCCUGCCCCUCUCAGCACUUGGAGAAAAUCAUCCCUGGAAACCAAACCCAGGAAUGCAAAGCGGGUGUGGGAAGCGGUUCCCCCUCCUCGGAAACAAUUUCCAAAGGAUUCUGCAAAGCAGAGUUUCCAUGGGAACACGUGCUGGUUACACUGGAAACCUUGGUGGGGCUGGGGUCCCCUUCACAGCACAUGGCAGGACCUUGGUGUGAGGGCCACGGCCAGAUGCAGUCGUUGCAUUUUGGCCACCGGGCCUCACUCACCUGAAAUCAAGUUACAGGCAAAUCUGCCUUUUUUUCCCCAUUCGAAUUGAAAGGCUACGCUCCGUUCUAAGGAUGCCUCUCGGAUUUCCAGGAUGGAUUUUUAUGUAGUUCAAGAGUUUUCUUGGCAGAACGCCCAGCCAGGAGAGGCGGGCUGGGGCCUUGGCCCAGCCAGGCUAACAGAGUGCGUCCCUCCCGCACGCCAGGGGAUGGCAUUGGCCCACCUGAGGGGCUUCCCCAGACCUGAAUCCAGACUGUAAGAGCUGCGGACAGUGGCAGGAGGCACUGAGACACCUUCCUUCCUAGGUGCCCUCCUUGACCUACAGUCAGAAUUGUGGCCUCUGGGCCUUGAUGGUGCGUGGGUCAGGCUAACCGUUACUAUUCUCUGCACUUGGUGUUGGCGUGUGUUUUGUAUGUGUGUAUCUCUGCAGGCGACACAGGCAUGUACUGCAGUAAAGCACGUAGACACUACAGCAAAGCGAAA